AUGAUUCUCGCGACACCCAUACAAAUUGAAAGAAAUUGUGAAAAUCGUAGUAAAUACAACAAUCGUUUGAUUGUCGAACACAAACACUUCGCAAGCGAUAAACUACCUUAAUACCUUCUACAUACAAUAGAUUUCCUGUUUAUUCGUACAGAACACAGACGAAAGCCCCCCAAAAACCAACAGAAGAAAUGGAUCCAGGCUUAAACUCCCUUCUGGCAUGGAGUAUCGAGAACUCCGAAGCAGGUCGUGCCACGACCGACCAACCGACCAGAGAACCCAAGGGCUUAUCAGCUGAUGCUCUCCGCGCACUCAUGGGCGGGCCCAGCGACGCCGACCUGAUGAAAGAGGCCAUGUCCAUCAUCGUGUCGACUGACCCGGAAGUGUCGCACGACGCCAAAAUGACGGCCUUUGACAAUUUCGAGCAGUUGGUCGAGGGCAUCGACAACGCCAACAACAUGGAGCCGUUGGGCCUCUGGACGCCUCUGCUGUCCCAACUGGACAGCCAAGUGGCGGAUUCGCGGCGCAUGGCUGCCUGGUGCCUGGGGACGGCGGUGCAGAACAAUGUGAAAGCACAAGAACGCCUCCUCGCUCUGAACGGCAUCGACAAACUGUGUCAACUGGCGCUAGACGACUCCGACAAGGCGGUCCGACGGAAAGCCGUCUACGCUCUCAGUUCGGGCGUGAGAAACUAUCAACCCGCGAUGAACGAGGCUGUCAAGCGGCUACCCAAGGAAUUUGUCGGGCCGGAUCACGUCUCGGCAGCGGACAUGGAUGUCAUUGAUGCCAUCAUGGGUAAAUUGAGAGAGAGGGAUUGAAUGGCAAAAGAAAAGGGAAAAACAACCAGGUGCAGAUGAGGAAGUUGCUGGAUGAACAGGCAUUGGCCCAAUGUGGCCAAUUAGUCUAGAAAGGCAUAGGAAUAACCUCCCCAUGCAAAUCGCCACCAUGGGACAGAGGUUGACGGCACGUGCUAUGAAAAAGCACUGCUUCUCCCUCGGCACGACGCCUCUGCCGGACACACAAAUGUGUAAAAGCCCGAGCGCAUACGGCAUGGAAGAGUCUAACCGGCCUGUGUGGAAGAGACUCGCACGUACGCUGGAGGAUCCCUCUUGAAGAAGUCCUUCGAAUCACUUCGAAGUAGUUACGAGGAGAUGAAGACUAGAAUAAUAACACCGUACGGCUAGCUAGAGGUCUGGCCUUGAAUUUGGAAUUAGAUCGCACCGAUGCCAGAAAAAUGCACACUUGAUAAGAAUAUUAUUGGAUUUUUCGUUGUCCUGGAAAUCAAACUAAACGCUAAUGCUUGUACUCUGUUCAGACAAAAA